GGCAGGAGGGCAGAAUGACCCAGAUCAAUGAGUUGAGCAGGCCAGUGAGGGAUCAAGUGAGUCUUCAGAAAACAGACAGCAGAACAUCACCUGCCAUAAGGUAGAGGUUUUAUAAUCUGAAUGUGCAGAUUUUCAUUGAGCGGUGAGCUCUCUUAAAGACAUUGGAAGCUACAGAAGUACUGGAAAUUGUCUACUGCACACUCAUAUCCUUCAGGUCCCUUGUGGCAUCUGUAAGGGCAGAAUGGAUGUCCUUAGUCUUCUCUGCUUCUUGAUUGGAUUUUCCUCAAAUAGCUGUACACCUCACCAUGCUGGGGAAAAAUGGGAGGUGGAAGAAAUUAGCAGGUAUGCAGAGGUGGCUCAGAAAAUCAUUGACCUGGCCGUGUACGGUGAUGCCAGGAACCGCAGUUAUGAGAAGCUGGCCAGAUUCACAGAUACAGUUGGACACCGUCUCAGUGGUUCCAAAAAUCUGGAGCAAGCCAUUGAGUACAUGUACAAAGCCCUGAAACAGGAUGGGCUGGACAAUGUCCACCUGGAGCCAGUGAAGAUCCCGCACUGGGUCCGUGGAAAGGAGAGUGCGCUGAUGGUAAAGCCACGGCACCACCCGUUAGCCAUCCUGGGGCUGGGGAGCAGUGUUGGCACACCUAGAGAAGGUAUUGAGGCAGAGGUUCUGGUGGUUGAGUCAUUUGAGGAGCUGAAGCAACGAGCCAGUGAAGCAAGAGGGAAGAUUGUGGUGUACAACCAGCCCUUUGUCAGCUAUGGGGAGACUGCAAAGUACAGGUCCUCUGGAGCAUCAGAGGCAGCCAAAGUCGGAGCUCUUGCUUCCCUCAUUCGCUCUGUCACCCCAUUCUCCAUCAACAGCCCCCACACUGGGUGGCAACACUAUGAAGAAGGUGUGCGUCAAAUCCCCACUGCAUGCAUUACGGUGGAGGAUGCUCAGCUGUUGGCCCGGAUGGUAAACAGGGGGGAGAAGAUUGUGAUCCACCUAACCAUGAGUGCUCAGAGCCUGCCAGAUGCUGAUUCCUUCAACACUGUAGCAGAGAUAACCGGAAGCAAAUACCCAGAACAGGUGGUUCUGAUCAGUGGGCACCUGGACAGCUGGGAUGUGGGUCAGGGUGCCAUGGAUGAUGGAGGGGGUGUUGCCAUCUCCUGGGAGGCCUUAUCUCUGCUGAAGGACCUGGGGCUUCGUCCAAAGAGGACCGUGCGGGCAGUGUUGUGGUCUGCAGAGGAGCAAGGAGGUGUCGGAGCCCAACAGUACUACAACCGUCACAAGGCAAACAUCUCCAACUUUGACCUGGUGAUGGAGUCAGACCUGGGCACCUUCAGACCUCUGGGGAUGCAGUUCUCGGGGAAGGCAGAGGCCAGGAGGAUUAUGGGACAGGUUAUGAAGCUGCUAAAGCCCAUAAAUGCCACGGAAUUGGAGGAGCCAGCAGAAGGCACAGAUAUCAAUAUGUGGAUGGAUGCAGGGGUGCCAGGUGCCAGCCUACUCAAUGAUAACAGUAAAUACUUCUGGUUCCACCACACUCAUGGGGACACCAUCUCUGUUCAGGACCCGGAGGAGAUGAACCUGUGUUCAGCUGUGUGGGCUGUUGUGUCUUACGUCAUUGCUGACUUAGACGAGAUGUUGCCGAGAUAGUACUGGCCAGGCCUGUCUGUCACUGACUACAGCAUUACAGUCCCGAACAGUCCUGCAGGGCAUUCAAACAGGAGUGUGUUGAAUCUAGUACAUUACAUUUGGGUUCCCUUACCUUAUAAACUGUGAAUUCUCCAUUAUUAUUCUCAGAAGCAGAAGUUUUUCAUGUUUGCAUGUCAGUAAUCUGUGAGCAAUGAAAACCAAAUAAAAAUGUGAUGUUGUUAUUGCUUUUUAAUAAUAAUAA